GGAGGAAAAAAUCCAAAUCCUUUUCUCCCUCCUCACUCAUCACUCACUCUCUCUCUCUACAAACUUCUGGAACUUGGGACGUACGUCACAGCUCCUGACGAGAGAGAAACAUGGAUUUCGGGUAGAUUUCCCUGAUCGACCCAUCUGAUGAUAAUCUCUGCUCCGAUCGUAGCUUCAAUUUCCCAUUGCUCACUGUUCGUUUGUUUUGUAGGGUGCAAGGGUCCUGAACUUCUUGUGAUACAAUGUCGAUCGCCCGUGUUGCUCUUAGUCCAGUUUAUGAAGAGUCUUUGAAUUUCUCUGGCCAUGUCUCCGGCCAACACGACCCCUGGUCGAGGGAGUCAAUCUGGAUAUACCUAACUGUUGCCGGGUCUGUGAUUCCAAUGCGCAUUUUGGAAUCAGAUUCAAUAGCUUCUGUUAAGCUUAGGAUUCAGUUCCACAGAGGAUUUUUCACUGGGAAACAAAAACUGGUGUUUGAAGGCAAAGAACUGGCUAGAAAAGAUUCCUUUGUCCGGGACUAUGGAGUCACCGAAGGAAAUGUUUUACAUCUCAUCGUGCGUCUCUCUGAUCUUCGAGCUAUUACUGUUCGUACCACUUCUGGGAAGGAAUUGGAAUUCCACAUUGAGAGAAAGAGAAACAUAGGCUAUGUGAAGCAACAACUUGCUAAGAAAGGGAAAGGUUUUCUUGAUCUAGAAGGUCAAGAGUUAACCUGUGAUGGUGAGGAGCUUGAAGAUCAGAGACUUAUAGAUGAUAUUUGCAAAAGUGAUGAUGCGGUUCUCCUCUUGGUGAUCCGUAAGUCAGCAAAAGUUAGGGCUAAACCCGUGGGGAAGGAUUUUGAGGUUUUAAUUGUGGCAUUGAAGUUGGAUGAGAUUGAGGGUAGCGUGCUAGAUGGGGAAAAAGAGAUUGUAGCUAAGCCACUUCAACGGGAUUUUGUUUUGGAACCCUUAAUUGUUAACCCCAAAAUCGAUUUGCCACUAGUUAUUAAGCAGCUAAUUAAAUCUACCUUUGAUGGGUUAGAACAUGGUAACCAACCUAUAAGGUCUUCAGAGGGAUCAGGGGGUGCUUAUUUGAUGCAAGAUUCAAUAGGUCUGGAAUAUAUCUCUGUUUUUAAGCCAAUAGACGAGGAGCCCAUGGCUGUGAAUAACCCUAGGGGGCUACCACUGUCAAUAGAUGGGGAAGGUUUGAAGAAGGGCACUAGAGUAGGUGAAGGGGCUUUGAGAGAAGUUGCGGCAUACAUAUUGGAUCACCCAAGGAGUGGACCCCGCUCUUUUAGCAAUGAGGACAAUGGGUUUUCUGGGGUUCCCCCGACGACUAUGAUCAAGUGCUUGCACCGAGGAUUCAAUUACCCAAAAGGAUACGAGUGUACAUCUGGGAACAUAAAAAUUGGGUCACUGCAGAUGUUUGUGAAGAAUUGUGGUAGUUGCGAGGACAUGGGUCCUCGUGCUUUCCCUGUGGAUGAGGUUCACAAGGUAUCUGUUCUGGAUAUCAGGUUGGCAAAUGCAGAUAGACAUGCCGGCAAUAUUUUGGUUCAGAAAUACGGUGAAGAAGGUCGGAUUGUGCUUAUACCAAUUGAUCAUGGUUACUGCCUGCCCGAGAACUUUGAAGAUUGCACAUUCGACUGGCUCUAUUGGCCUCAAGCACACCAACCUUACUCCUCUGACACCCUUGACUACAUAAAAUCGUUGGAUGCAGAGCAAGAUAUUGAGCUUCUGAAGUUUCACGGAUGGGACCUACCACUUGAGUGCGCUCGCACCCUUAGCAUUUCCACCAUGCUUCUGAAGAAAGGCGCAGGAAGAGGGCUCACUCCCUUUGCCAUUGGAAGCAUCAUGUGCAGGGAAACACUAAAGAAGGAAUCUGUGAUUGAGCAUAUUGUUCGAGAAGCAAAAGAAGCGGUGCUCCCUGGAACGAGCGAAGCAACAUUCCUUGAAUCUGUUUCCUUGAUCAUGGACCGCCAUCUUGAUGAGCUUACCGCCAUAUGUCCCUCACAAUGAGUACAUAGAUGUAAUUAACUUGACCAUAUGAUAGUACGUCUUACGAUUGGAUGCAUGGCUGAAGCGUACGUUUUAUGAUAGUACGUUUCAUGGACUAUGGGUUUUAUGUAACGUGAAUUGUGUUGGAACUUCAUGGUCCUAUCGCAUAUGUCUUGUGUGACCCCCUCUCUUGUAAACCACAAGAUUGAACAGCUAUGGAUCCCGAAUAACUCCUUUUACAA